GCUUACUAACCUAUUGGGCCCUAAAUGUGUCAUUGUUUCUUUUUCAACUUUUAUGACACAUCACUCAUAGAUGCUGAUUUCGGUAAACAAAAUACCUGUCAUCAGCCACUCAAGGGCGGGUAACUCUAUAUUAUGACGAUAGGGCUAGUGUGUGGUGUGAUAUGCGUGAAAUAUGUCCUUUACAUCACUUCCUCUUUUGGGUUACGCAAAAUCAGUAUUCAUUCGACCAAGAUUAGAGGCAUAUGACAGAAAUGACAACUUUAGAGGAGAGUUGGUGUCAAUGCCCAUGCAGAUCAUCCCAGAUUGGCCAAGUUCUGGUUUUCGACAGUUGGUACCAGAACACAGACAUCUGCUUCUGAAGCUAUCUGAAGGACAAAUAGAAGUGUAUCUGAACCACCGUGCAGCUGUUGACAAGCUGUGCAUGUCAGACCUAAAAGCAUUGGAGAAAGGGAAGUUGAUGUUUGAAUCCAAGCGGAUAGAUGCCUGCAGCGUUCACAUAUCGCAGGGUGAUCUGUACUUCACUGGCAUUGUCAAAGCACCUAUGAAGAAAAAGGUGUCUUACAACUUCAAGCUUCGGAUAAGUAGAAGAAGUGGUGAGGUGAUCAACUCACACUGUGAAUGUCCUGCAGGGAAAGGGCCACAUGGAACCUGCAAACAUCUAGCUUGGGUGCUGCUCAUGCUACAAUCCUUCGCAGAAGGUUCAGAUGCACCAACAGUCAACAAAACUUGCACAGAAAACUUACACAACCUUCCACAAGCCUAGAUGUACACAUGAUGGAUCUCCCAUCAGAGCUGAAGAUCUCCCAACUAAGCAGAAACCAUCAAUGUCUGAUCCACGACCGAUGCAGUAUCGAAACCUCCCAGGCUAUCAGGGCCAUGUUAGAAACCUGGUAUUAAACUUCUGUGCAAACACAGGACAGGAUCUGGCUCUAAGAUACAUUUAUCCCAAGGCAGAUAUACUGACGGCAACAAAAGGAUCACGAUUAUCUUCCCUUGCCAUUAACAGAGUACUGGGUUGAUAACACUCUGCUUGUGACUAAGGAAUCUGCUCAGCUGCUGGAAGUGAACACUCGCACCCAGGCCAAGUGUAAACUUUGGCAUAUCAAACGCAAAUGGAGGAUUACUGCAUCACGUUUUGGGGAUAUUGCUCAUGCAACAGAGAGAAGAAACAAAGAAAUUAGUAAUGUGCCAGUCUAUUGUCUUUCCACCAAGUUUGUCUGGGGCACCUGUUGUUCAUGGGAAACAGUAUGAACCUGUGGCAGUGAAACAAUUUGAGUCCAUGUAUAACUUAAAUGUUCAGAAAUGUGGGCUGUUUGUUUUGCCAGAGCUUCCAUAUUUAGGGGCUUCACCGGAUGGAGUUUUUGACAAUGACACCAUUGUGGAAAUAAAAUGUCCAUAUGUAGGAAAAGAUUGUGAAAUUGUACCUGGUAAAAUGUUCCCAUUUCUAGAAUACACCAGUAAUGGUGUUGUUUCUCUCAAGAAACAGAGUUCAUACUAUUGUCAGGUACAAGGUCAAUUGUAUUUGUCACGUUCAAAAACAUGUUACUUUAUUGUUUACACUCAU